GUAAGCAGCGAAAGGGAAGUGUGGUAGCAGAGCUUUUUUUCGUAGCCGCCUCCACCGCUGCAACCAUGAUCAUUCCAGAGAAGAACCGUCGAGAGAUCUGCAAAUACCUCUUCCAAGAGGGAGUUUGCUAUGCAAAGAAGGAUUUCAAUCUGGCGAAGCACCCAGAGAUUGAUGUGCCGAAUCUGCAGGUGAUUAAGCUGAUGCAGAGUUUCAAGUCUAGGGAGUAUGUGAGGGAGACAUUUGCGUGGAUGCACUAUUACUGGUUCCUCACCAAUGAUGGAAUUGAGUUCCUCAGGACUUACCUCAAUCUUCCCUCAGAAAUUGUGCCAGCCACACUGAAGAAGCAAGCCAAGCCCGCUGGUAGACCAUUCGGUGGCCCACCCGGUGAUCGCCCUAGGGGCCCACCUCGCUUUGAGGGAGAGAGGAGAUUCGGUGAUCGUGAUGGGUACCGUGGAGGUCCUCGGGGACCUGGUGGUGACUUUGGAGACAAGGGUGGAGCUCCUGCUGACUACAGGCCUUCUUUUGGGGGUCCUGGUGGAAGGCCUGGCUUUGGUCGCGGUUCUGGUGGUUAUGGAGCACCAACCAGUUCAAACAUUCCCUAAAUAUAAUGAUUCCAUCUCUAGAUUUUGCAGUUUUGGCUGUCACUGGAAUUCAUAGUUCCCCUCCCAAAAGUUGUUUGAGCCGUCGGACAUUUUAUUUAAUAUUCAGUUAUUUAUGCAAUGAAGAUUUUGAAUUGAAUGUUUUUUGCUACGUAGGGUGACAAACCCUACAAUAUUGUUCACGUUGAAUUAUAGUUUUAGAUAGUGCAAAUGGAUAUUCCUAUGGACUUCAUCUUGGAAGAGAUUCAACUCUUAUUUGGAUUUUGGAAGAUUUUCGAAGCCUCUUUAUUACAGAACAACUGCCUCGCCUCUAUCACAGAACAACUUAAGAGCAUUUUGAUUUCUAUUGUAUUAGAUUUUAUUUCUGAAAAACAGAAAACAAUUUUUAAAACAGAAAUUAAACAUGCUCAUAAUGUUUGGG